AGUGGAAAUUUUGAGAACUACCACAACAAGAAACGGGGAAACAUGGCGGCUGCCACAAGACUCAUAUCAAGGUUGACACUGGUCACAGGUACGUUUACGGUUGAAAAUGUAGUUUUCGCUCAUAGAUAGAGGUGUAUACGGAGGUGCGUAUCUGUUCCUGCUUCUGGUAUUCAGCUCCUGCAUGUAGAGUUGUUUGUUUGUCGGUGGUCCAUCGCUCCAAAUCAACACAUGGCUUUGUUCCUGUCAUGCAAAUAUGUUCUCAGAGUAAACUUGUGAAAGGCAAAAGAUUAGAAAAAUUCUCUUACUUACUAAUUUUCUUACUUAAAUCUCCAGUGACGUUAAAAGUGGUCUGAUCUUCCUGCAUGUUAUGCGCAUGACUUUUUAGUGAUAUGAAUGUAGAGGAAAGGUUAACCUGCAGCUGUCUCGGGAUAAAUAUGCUGUCAGUGAGACCUUUGACUUAACAGUUGCUUUUAUAAGUUCAUUUGACUGAUUCGAGAAACAUUAAAGCUCGAAAAAUUUUUUAAUUGCUUAUGUCCUGAAUUGUUGAGCUGUAGGGGAGAGUGGGGUAAGUUGAGCCACCCCCUGUUGCUUGGAAAUGGUAAAAGAAAUUGAUCAUGUGACCAAAUAUUUAAGAGAUGGGCAUCAAUUCAUGGAGUCUGUGAAGGUUAGAAGCACAUAGGUGAAGGAGUUAGACAUAAGUUUUAUUAGAAUCGUGGUCAGACCAAAAAAGAUCAUUUUUAAUUUGUUUUAUACAUCAAUUGUGGUAUCUAUGAGCUACAACAUGAGGAAAAAAAACUUAUAAAAGUCCACCAUUUUAGUUUAGAGGACUAAUAAAGUCAUAAUAGUAGUUCUGGGGUAACUGAGAAAAUAAAGGAGUCUGAUAAGAGGAUCAGAGUUUCAGUUCAGAUUGAUGAAAUGUUUGACUUUUUCUUCUCAUAAAUACAGAUCUGUGAAUGUUCUGAAUCACUUAAAGACAUUCUCUUGUUAAAAUGGCUUUUUACAAAACAGCUUUUUAGCAGUUAUAUGCAAUAAUAAUAAAAAGAAUUGUAGUACCAGUUGAAUAGUGCUCAACUUACCCCAUACACGGGGUAAGUUGACCAUAGGAGACCACUUUUUUGUCAUGCUAUAUUAUCAAGACAGGUUUGUUUACACUCAUUCUGUUGGUUUGCAGGGAUGAACAACACCUUGAAUAUAUAUGCAGAUACACGAGUUAGAGACAAAACUAUGAUUGCCUCGAUGUAGUGAUCCGAAAUAUGUAAAGUGGCUCAUCUUACCCCACUCUCGGUUGCUUUUUAAAGUUCAUUUGACUGAUUCGAUAAACAUUAAUUCUCUAACAUAUUUAUUAUCACUCAUAUCCUGAAUUGUUGAGCUGUACAGUUGACUCUGAACAUGUCAGGAAUAUUUACAGAGGGACUUGUUGCGCACACAGUCUCCCCUCUGAAUGCUGCCUCGCUCAGGUGCUCUCAGGUGGCUUCAUGCUGCUUUUUAUCCACCCAGGAGGAGGCAGUGGGAUCGGGCGUGCGGUGUGUCAGCGCUUUGCCUCCGAGGGCGCUUCGGUGGUGGUCGCUGAUGUCAACGAGGACUCCGCCAACGAGACCCUAAUGAACCUGCAGAGUGACCUCAGAGGACAGGGUCACAUGGCGGCUGUGGUGGAUGUAUCGUCGAAAGAGAGCGUGAAAAAACUGGUCACGAGUAUACAGGUACCUCAACACAACCUGCAUCUCUAUUCAAAUCCAAACCAGCCCCCUAUUUCUUCUUCUGUUGAUGUUUUUAUGUUGGUCAGAUUAUUCUUUAUUUAGUUUUUCUUUCUUUGAAUGUUGUUGCUCCGUUCCUCUGCAGACUCGUUACUUUCAGCCUCCCUCCGUGUGUGUGAACGCAGCAGGCAUCACUCAGGACGACUUCCUGCUGAACAUGGAGGAGGAACACUUCGACAGAGUCAUCCAGGUCAACCUGAAGGUACGAGCCAUCACAUACAGAGUUCAGCAGGUUAACCAGUUAUCUGCAAGCCUCACAGGUGUUGACCUAACAUUCAAGUGAUUAGAAAUCUGCAGUUAUAGUGAUUAAAAUACCAAAACAACAAGGUGACAGUAUGUGUUUUAUUAGCCUGUGUAAUGUGUCGAUGUUUCUUUCUGUUAAACGAAACACUUCAUACUAAAUUAGCACCAAGGAUCCGACUCCAGAGAAGUGAUUUGCUGGUUGUGUGUCUCCUCCAGGGCUCCUUCUUGGUCACUCAGGCUGUUGCUCAGGCUCUGGUGGCCUGUGGAGCACCCAAAGGAUCCAUCAUCACAGUGGGCAGCAUCGUGGGAAAGGUGAGAUACUGUACCUGCAGGCGUUUUGUUUUCCUGUAAGCUUUAAUACUUUUUCUUCGAUAGUUUAAACAAAAAUGUGAUGGUGUGAUUAGUUUUCUUUUUCCAGCUGAGUCCAAAGAGAUGAAUUAAAGUCCAAAAAUGAUUACAGUUAGACGACUCCAGUGAUUUUAAACAUCCGUCUUAAUUAUGUCACACAAAUGAUACUAAAACAUUUUCAUUUUCAUGUAAAGACGGGAAAAAAAAAAGACAUAAAAAUAAGUAUUUUGUGGUUCAUGUUUGCAGGUGGGAAACCUCGGACAGGCAAAUUACGCUGCGUCUAAAGCUGGAGUAGAGGGUUUAACACGGACGGCGGCCAAAGAGCUCAGCAGGUGAGGAGAGACAGCGCUAAAAAUAGGACUGUCUCCUCAGCUGCUCGAUUAACACCUUCACAUUAGUUUCAGACUUUUAACGUUAUGAUAUAAAAAUCGUCAUUCUUGUCAUCGAUGGUCUUUUUUGCUUUUGGAAAUCAUGAAAAGACUCUUUUAUAAACAAAGAAAUUCCUUAAAUGAGCUUUAAAGUAAAAAUCUAGCAGAGGAGUCACUGUUUUUUCUCUUUUCUGUCCUCUCAGGUUUGGGAUUCGUUGUAAUUGUGUUCUGCCUGGUUUUAUAUCGACUCCAAUGACAGACAAAGUUCCUGAGAAGGUUAUAAGCAAGGUAUGCCAAACACGCACACACACACGCACGCACACACACACACAGAUAAAGACAGAUUCAGCAAAUAUUCAUGAGCAACCUCUACAUUUCCCCAGUCGCUGUAAAAUUUGUCAAAUAUCUUUUUGUGGAUCUUUGAGGAGCAGGAGGAAUUACUAGUUUUAAAACAAGAGCAAAUCAAGAGCAUAAACUAUGAUGAGGUGUUUGUGAUAAAGAUAUUUAAAAAGAUUUUUGGUUGAACCCUUUUAUUAAAUCUAAAAAGUGAGACAAACUUUGACAGAAAACUCUCCUCAUGUUUCAGAUGAAGUCUCUGGUUCCUCUGGGGAGGAUGGGCGAGCCUGCAGGUCAGUGAAGUUACAUUUUGAAUAUCGCUUUGGUUCGUUUUAACAGCAGGUUGUUCGUCUCUUUAUGUUUUAUAAAAAAGUAGAGGAUUUGUUUCAGAUUUACUCCUCCAGGCCUCCACUUUUUAAAGCUUUUAUUGUGAAAUUAAGAGGAAAGGAUGUUUAAACUCUUCGUGUUUCCCUGACACUGUCAUAUUUUUCUUCUCUGGCUCUCCAGAGGUGGCCGACGUCUGUGCCUUUCUAGCUUCAGAUGACUCUCGAUACAUCACAGGAACCAGUGUUGAAGUUGCAGGUAAACACUAAAAUCUCUAAAAGGCUGUUUAAAAAAAAAAAAAAAAAGAUAAUCAACUUUUUAUUUUUGUGAAUAGUUAUGCAGAUACUCACUGUUUUUAAAUAAUCACUUUUCUCUGAAUUUUGUCUGUCAGGUGGACUUUUCAUCGGUUAAAUCGUCCUCUCCACACUCAGAUGAAGACAACGAGAAGCCAGUUUCUCUAUAAUUCAGUUUGAACACUUUCUUUAUCUUCAGUCACAGAUUCUGCUGAUAAGUUAUUUUACAUCUGAAUGAACACAUGAACUGUACACUUAAUUUUUGUGCCAAUUAAACAGUUUUUUCUAUUUCUUUA